GCUAAGAUGCGUCCGUGGUUGCGUCUUAUCUUUGUCCAUGUGAUGUCAUGAUCACGACUGUAAUCUAACGUCCUUGUCCUUAGUCAAAAGUCUUGCAGUCGUAUUUUGAACCAACUUGUCCACAUGAAGGAUUUGAAUCCUCCGCUCUUUUGUCUUUUAGGCAACCUGUCAAAGACUUGCACCGAGGACGGCUGGAGCCCCGUCAGCAUAGACAUAAAGGACUGCGGCUACAAUCCCAACAGCACCACGGAUGAUCAUUCGCAGAGGGACUUCUUUGACGCCAUCAUAGUGGGUUACACCAUCGGUCACAGCGUGUCCCUGGUCUCUCUCACCGCCGCCAUCAUCAUACUGUGCCUCUUCAGGAAGCUGCACUGCACCAGGAACUACAUCCACAUGCAUCUCUUUGUGUCCUUCAUCCUCAAGGCCAUCGCCGUCUUCAUCAAGGACGUCGUUCUGUACGAUGUCGGCGAGACGGACAGCUGCCAUUCGUCUGUGGGCUGCAAGGCGGUGGUUGUCUUCUUCCAGUACGGCAUCAUGGCCAGUCACUUCUGGCUGCUGGUGGAAGGCCUGUACCUCCACGCUCUCUUGGCCGUCUCCUUCUUCUCCGAGAGGAAGUACUUCUGGUGGUACAUCCUGAUUGGCUGGGGCGCUCCGACCAUCUUCAUUUCAGCCUGGGCGAUCACGAAGGCUUAUGUAAAUGAUUUUGGGUGCUGGGAUAUCAUUGAUGACAAGCUCUGGUGGAUCAUCAAAACGCCCAUUUUAGUAACCAUACUCGUCAACUUUAUUCUCUUCAUGUGCAUCAUCAGGAUUUUACGGCAGAAGAUGAAUUGCCCCGACAUUGGGAGGAAGGAAUCAAAUCAGUACUCGUAA